GUUUUGUUUCUGCCAUUCAUCGUCGUGUACUGGUUGCGCUCGUUUUGGGUUUUAUUUAUUAUUCCAUUUUUUGUAGCUGAGUUUUCCCAGAAGAGGCGCAAUCAGAGCAGAAUUACAUUCUAAUUGAACAAUUAUUGGGUAAAGUACGCAUGUGCACUGAUGUUAAUAAAAACGAAUUUGUCGAUAAAUUCAAAUUAAAGCUGUUUUAACAUAUGGUGAAAAUAAUUAAAUGUGAAAAUUAUUGUCAAGUUGUCAUUUCCAAGCUGUGAUUAAAGUGAAUGCGUUGUAAUUAAUUUAGAGAUACGCAUCUGCCCAUUUACGCUGGAUUGCAUUAGAUCACAGCAGCGAUGUCUGUAUCACGAUCUCGUAGCAUAUUAUCACCCAACAAUAGUGGUAAUUUCGAAGGUAGUAAUGGUAUAGCAAAUGGAAAUAGCGCUAGCAGCGGCGUUGGCGCUGGUGCAGGCGGUAGCAGCAGGAGCAGUGGCUAUGUAAAAGACCGGUACAUUGAAGAGCUGCCAUCACAGCAAUUGCGUUUGCUAUGUGAACAUUUGGAUGAAAUGCAAGUUUGGAUGCAAUUGGCCGAAGUCAUGCAAUUAAGACCAGCCGAUGUGAAGUUUAUAAACCAACAACAAGAGUUAGGUAAAUCACCAUCUUGGCAGUUGAUACGAAAGUGGGGUAUUGAAUGCAAGCAUACAGUCACUGAACUUUUUAUGCUAUUGUGGAAAAAUGAACAACAUCACGCAAUGCGUAUGCUGAAAGACUUUGUGGAGCGAAAAUAUCAGCUCCUUAUACCACGGAGCCAACCACGCUUAACUAUGCUUAUGGCGAAUUCGGAUAUUAAACAGCUGAAUGGUCCGAUAAAUUCUUCUUCGUCCGGUGUAAGCAACUCGAAUAAUAACUCUUCUAUAUCCUCUUAUGAACAAACUGCACCCACAUCUACGCAACGCAUUGAACAAGAUGUACGUGAAUUCGCCCGCUAUAUGAUCGAAAUCAGCUACGACGAGUUGACAGAAGCCACUGAAAAUUGGAGUGAGCAUUUAAAGCUUGGCAAAGGUGGUUUUGGUACUGUUUAUAAAGGCACAUGGAAGUGUACCGAAGUCGCUGUCAAACAGUUGCAGUAUAAUGCGGUAAAUGGACGGGACAGCAGCAAAGUACAACUACAGCAGAGUCUGAACGAGCUAAAGCAUUUGAGUCGUUAUCGUCACGAUAAUGUUUUACCACUAUUUGGCUACUCGUUAAAUGGAGAAAAACCUUGUUUGGUCUAUCAACUAAUGAAAGGUGGCACUUUGGAGCAGCGUUUAUACUCGAAAAAAGAAAAACCAUUGACUUGGAAGGAACGUGUCGAAAUUUGUCUCGGUGCAGCGCGUGGCAUCAAUUUUCUGCAUGUUUGUGAUGUUAAACCUCUUAUACAUGGUGACAUCAAGCCCGCGAAUGUGUUGCUUGAUGUUUGUUUAACGCCUCGUAUAGGUGAUUUCGGUUUGGCCCGUGAAGGGCCCGCUUCGGUGAGCCGCUCAGUUACGGUAUCGCAAAUUUAUGGCACAAAACCAUAUUUACCACAAGAGUUUUUACGCGGCAAAAGGCUUAGCACAAAAGUUGAUACAUACAGUUAUGGUGUUAUGUUACUGGAGACAUUCACAGGUCUGCGAGCGGUAGAUCAAAAUCGUAGACCACUUUUAUUGCCAGAAUAUAUAAAGUGUAUACGUAAAGAUGAGUUUGGCGAUCUCAUCGAUGCACGUCAACCAAUACAAAAUGGUGAACGUGAUAUGUGUAAAAAUUUGAUAUUGUUAGGCACCCAUUGUGUGGCCUUUGAAGCAGACGAUCGUCCCGAGAUGAAAUACGUUUACGACACCAUAAAUUUCUGUAAGAUAUAUCCAGAUUGAAAUGGAAUGAAAUUAACCGAGCAGACGAAAAACACUAGAAGAAAUAUACAUAUCUCUGGUGCCUUAAUUGAUUAAACAUAAUUUUUAAUAUUAAAAUAUUACUUUGUUAGACAUAAGGCCUACAUAGUUAUAUGCAUAAAAAGAGAUAUACCUAUGGAGUUUCUCGCCUUUAAAUGGAUUCGCCAUAUGUAAACAAUCCAAUUGCUUCACAAAUGAUUUAUAUAAGUUUACAAUUUUUUGAUUACGUAUAUUUAUUUUUAAUAAAAAUAAAUAAAAAAAAAGCUUGAACUAUAA